UGGGUUGAUUAUGCUUUUGUUUGAUUUUGAAAAGACAGAACAAAAACAAAAGAAAGCAACCAAACACAGUUUCGUUCCAGCCAAAGCCGCGGUCUCCGGGGUCCACGGCAGCUGAGCUCAACCACUUCUCUGUUCGACCAUCUCUUUCUCUCUUCUUCCUCUCACGCCAGAUCAGCUGAUUUAGAGGGGGAGGGGAGUGUUUUGGAGUUUAAACUUUCGGCUUUUAGUGGAUGACAGUGUAAACUAGAAGAUAAAGUUUGACACUUAUUUUAGUAAUUUUUUUUUGUCAAAGUGGUUUUUCAUAUCACCCGAAGAAGAUCCCUAAGAAAGAGAGUUCAUAGGGUAAAUUUUCUGCUACUAGGUUUGUUUAGUGAUAGCAAAGUUGUUAUGGCUGUUGCCGAAAGUUGCAGCAGCAGUGGGCGCUCAACUUCAUUCAAUUGUUACAAAGUAGCAAGCAUGACCGAAACCAUAUUGAACGCAAAGCAAACUUCUAAUUUGAAAGAUCGAUACGUUCUUGGGGAGCAGUUGGGUUGGGGACAGUUUGGUGUCAUUAGAACAUGCUCCGACAGAACGACUGGAGAGGUUUUGGCAUGCAAAUCAAUUGCAAAAGAUAGGUUGGUUACUUCCGAUGAUAUGCAGAGUGUUAAACUUGAGAUUGAGAUCAUGGCGAAGUUAUCUGGGCACCCAAAUGUUGUAGAUCUCAAGGCUGUUUAUGAAGAGGAAGAUUUUGUUCAUCUGGUGAUGGAACUUUGUGCUGGAGGGGAGCUGUUUCACUUGUUAGAGAAGCAUGGUAGGUUUUCUGAAUCUGAAGGAAGGGUUCUCUUUCGGCAUCUCAUGCAGAUGGUUUUGUAUUGUCAUGAAAAUGGAAUUGUUCACCGAGAUUUAAAGCCCGAAAACAUUCUCUUAGCAACUAAAUCCUUCUCGUCUCCAAUUAAAUUAGCUGACUUUGGGCUUGCAACCUACAUCAAGCCUGGACAGAGUUUGCAUGGUUUAGUUGGGAGUCCAUUUUAUAUAGCUCCAGAGGUGUUGGCAGGUGCAUAUAACCAGGCUGCGGAUAUUUGGAGUGCAGGUGUUAUUCUUUACAUUCUACUGAGCGGGAUGCCUCCGUUUUGGGGAAAGACAAAGUCACGGAUAUUUGAAGCUGUUAAGGCUGCUGAUUUGAGGUUCCCAUCUGAACCUUGGGAUCGCAUCUCUAAAUCUGCUAAGGAUUUAAUUCGUCGAAUGCUCUGCAUAGAACACUCUCAAAGGCUCACCGCCCAAGAGGUUUUGGACCAUUGCUGGAUGGAAAGCGAUCCAACAAAUCUGGAACAACUAAGUGAACAUAAAAUCGAAAGUAGUGGAGAGUGGCAUGUUGGCGGCGGCUCAUUCUCUGCAUCGUUUAUGUCCAGGAAUGAAGACAUCAGUUUUGGCGCUGGAUCACCUACAUGCGAUGCUCAAUCACCUACAUUCACAUGCAAAUCAUCGUUUUCUUCCAUUUUCGUGGAACCCGUGACACCUAUUUCUGUUUCUGGCGGGUUUUCAUUUCGGAGCUCAGGUGGUGGUUCCAUUGGUUUGGAGUUUUCUACACCUGUUUCAUCAAUGCCUAGCUUUGCAUUUCUCGGCCCCAGUUCCGUUGUUGAGCAAAAUAGUCUCAUAUUUGAAUUCUCGUCUAACACGUCAGAAGUAAAUGCAAUUGUUAGAGAUUCUCCCCUUUCCCUUGGAAAUGAUGUUAAAGAAAGGGAUCACAAGCCUAUAGAGACUAAAAGGGCAUGUGGAACCAAUUGUAACAGAACAUUGGGAUUCCACAGCAAGAGAAACCGGACAAUUGGACUUGGUGAGUGUGAGCAACUUGAUCUUGUGGUGACCGAAUCCGUCAUUCGUUGGUUAUCAUGCACACAACUUCCUACAUCACCAAAAUCAUCACUUGUCUGUUGAAAGGAUAAAUUGGGUGGUGCAAAUUUUGCCUGUCUAACACGUUGUACAUCUUUCUUGAAUUUGCAUUGUUGUUGCUGUCUUCUGGUUUGUACGGAUUGCGGUUCAGAUUUUGUUGCAGUUUAAUGACGGCGUGCUUCUAAUCGUGUUGUGCUUCUAAUUGGUCAAUUUUAUUGUGUUCCUUUCAUCUUCAUUUGUUUUCUCAUGUUAAUAAUUACUGUGAGCGAGUUAAGUGAAUUCCGCCGGGUUUGUAAAGUUGUAUCUUGAUUGUACUCCAGUCCAGUGUUACUUUAGUGUAGUUGAAAUGCUUGGAAAUGAACUGUAAAUUAAUGUGUUAAAUUAUCAUACGUAUGAUUUAACUGUGAGGUGGUGAUUUUUGGUAAUUUAUUGCAGAUGUGAUAUGUAAUGACAAUGUUUAUUUAGUAAACAUCACAAAUGCAUGUUUACUAGGCAAUGGUUUGUACCCUGAGGAUAAAUAAAUGUAUAAUGUUUUGUUUUGUAAAAAAAAAA